UGAAAUUUGAAGGACAGGGAGGAACCUAUAUAAACUGAAACAUCAUGAUUUGAGCCAAUUAAAAAGAUUUCUUCAACAUCACACGAGCAAAGGAAACUAGAUUCGCAGCCUAAAUGGAAGAGGGUGAAGAUCAUCAGAAACAAGAACAGGGUUUAGGGCAAGAGUGCACGGCAAUAAUUAACUCUGAAGAUCGAGUGGAUGAUCUAAAAAGACUAUUUGCAUGUGUUUUUAUUGAUCAAUCCAAUUUAUGGCAUGCUGGUCUCUCUUGGUCCAUCUUCUGUCUUCUUGCCAUUGCUGUUCCGCUUCUUUCACACUUUGUGUUGCAUUGCAGUACUUGUGAUCGUAAUCAUAGACGCCCUUUUGAUUCAAUUGUUCAGUUGUCGCUCUCUGUUUUCUCUGUUCUUUCUUUCAUCAGUUUAUCUUCUUUUGCACGAAAGUAUGGACUCAGAAGAUUUCUCUUUCUUGAUAAACUGUGUGGUGUUAGUGCUAAGGUCCAAAGAGGAUAUGCUCAGCAGGUUCAUACAUCAAUGAGGCUCCUGUGCUCAUUUGUUCUUCCCUGCUUCGCUGCUGAUUGUAUUUACAAAAUCUGGUGGUUCACCUCAGGAAGAAAUCAGAUUCCGUAUUUCUUUAAUGCAUAUUUAAGUAGCACACUUGCUUGCAUUUUUCUGCUUUCUUCCUGGUUGUACAGGACAUCCAUAUUCUUCCUUGUAUGCGUUCUUUUCCGGUUGAUAUGCUACCUUCAGAUACUCAGGCUGGAAGACUUUGCUCAGGUUUUCCAGAAAGAAUCUGAUGUAGGAACAAUCUUGCUUGAACACCUUACAGUCCGAAGAAAUCUUCGUAUAAUAAGCCAUAGGUUCCGCAUAUUCAUUUUGUUGACUCUAAUCCUGGUAACAGCAAGUCAGUUUGCUUCUCUGCUUGUGACACUAGAGGCUGGAUCUGAAGUCAAUAUCUUUAAUGCUGGAGAACUUGCGUUAACCUCCAUGACCCUUGUGGCUGGACUCUUCAUAUGCCUGCGUAGUGCUGCGAAAAUAACACACAGAGCACAGGCUAUUACAUGCCUCGCUGCAAAAUGGCAUGCAAGCUCUACAAUCAACUCCUUUGAUGACGUCGAUGAUGACAUUCCAAGACCUCGUAUCGUUGCACCCAGGAUGGACUAUAUCAAUGGAAACUGGGUAUCGGAUAAUGAAGAAGGCGAUGAAGAUGUGAUAGAUAAUACAAACAUAAUGCCAAUUUUCACACAUACAAUGUCCUACCAGAAGCGACAAGCUCUUGUGACAUACUUUGAGAACAACAAAGCAGGAAUCACUGUGUUCGGAUUCAUGCUAGACCGGACAUCACUGCAUACCAUUAUUGCGAUUCAGAUGUCUCUUACUCUCUGGUUGCUGAACAAGACAAUUGAGGAUAGGAAGUUGAUAGGCUCUGUUAAAAUCAGUAGGAGGAGUGACAGCAAAUUUCUUGAUACAAGAACAGAACUCCGACUUAUCAGACACCGAGGCCAUAGCCAUGUUAUCCAAAGCCUGUGCUGCGGCGCAACACUCAUCACCUGGAUUCGGAGUGCCAUCAAACAGAUAACUCAUACAGGGAAUUAACUGCGACAGACAACUAUUAUAAUCCACAACUCCGACCACAGCCCGGGUUGAGAAAACAGACAAAAAGACCAUCAUCAUC